ACCCAAAGUCUCCAUCCUCCUUAGGGCACCUUCAGCAGUUUCCUGUUCACGUUGGGUUCAUCUCAUCUCCACAUCCACCAUGUCGAUCUCUUCACGCUCUCUGAAGUUCAGCAGACCCAAGACCAUGUCCUCAAAGACGAUAAUCGUUUCAAAGGGAAGUGGCAUGGUGCAUGCUCCACAAAAAGCCUACAGCGUGUACGGCGGUGGCUACGGAGGCAGCACCCGCAUCUCCUCAUCCUAUAGAAUUGGAGGUUAUGGUGGAGGAUAUGGUGUGGGAGGAUAUGGAGGUGCAAGCAUAGCUGUUGGAGGAUGCAUUCCCGGCGAUCUUCAGCUGAACGAGAAGGCCACCAUGCAGAACCUGAACGAUCGUCUGGCCUCCUACCUGGACAAGGUGAGGUCUCUGGAGGCUGCCAAUGCUAAGCUGGAGAUGAUGAUUCGGGAGUACUAUGAGACGAAGGGGCCGAUCGCACAGAGGGACUACAGUGCCUACUGGAACACCAUCAAUGACCUGAAGGACAAGAUUAAAUCUGCUACUGUCCACAAUGCCCACAUCAUCCUGCAGAUCGACAACGCCAAGCUGGCUGCCGAUGACUUUAGGAUGAAAUAUGAGCAUGAGCUGAUGAUGCGGCAGUGCGUGGAGGCUGACAUCUGUAACCUGCAACGUUUGUUGAGCGAUACGAAACUGAAAAUAGCUGAUCUUGAGAACCACAUCAAAAAUUUGCUGGAUGAACUGAAAUUCCUGAAAAAGAACCACCUGGAGGAGAUGGCUGCUCUGAGGUCUCAGUUGACAGGCACGGUGAACGUGGAGGUAGAUGCUGCUCCUCAACAAGACCUCAAUAAAGUUCUGGAGGAGAUUCGUUCGCAUUACGAGUCCAUCAUACAGAAACAUCGCAAUGAACAGGAGACCUGGUUUAAAAACAAGUCCGCACAAUUCAACAAGGAGGUUGCCGUCAGCACUGAAACCAUACAAACCACCAGGUCACAGAUCACAGAACUUCAACGCACCUUGCAGACCCUGGAGAUCGAGCUACAGUCUCAACUUAGCUUGAAAGAGUCACUGGAGAACGCUCUGGCACACACGAAGACUCGGUACAGCGCUAUACUAGCAGGAUUACAGAAUCAAAUCAAUAUGUUGGAGAAUGAGCUGACUCAGAUGCGGGGGAGCAUUGAGCAACAGGGACAAGAAUACAAAAUGUUGCUGGACAUCAAGAGCCGUCUGGAGCAGGAGAUCGCCACCUACAGGAACCUCCUGGACAAUCAAAACAUUAUUAUCCCUCAAGUACAAGUCUUCUCUCACCCUUUAGGUGGAUCUCACCAUGUCACGUCUGGUGGUGGAACAACAGUGACCAUAAAACAAACCACCACCAGUUCACAACGCGUACACCAUUAAAGAGCAAAGUGUUUUAUGAAACAGUAUUCAGAUGCAAACAAUAAGUCUUAAGUGAGUGAUAAAACAUGGAAGUUGUGAUAUUAACAUCAAAGAAACACACUGGAUUGACACUCUCUUUUGUAUUUUUGUGUGUAUAAAAAACCUUGAAAAUAAAACAACUUUCAAAUGA